AUGCUUGAUAAUAAUAAUCAGAAUAUUGGAGGUGGAGGGAAUGCUGCCACAACAACAUCGGCAGCUCAGAAGAAGCCAUUACUUGGAUCAUUCGAUGAUGACGUGGAUGAUGAGAGUAAAGACUUUGCACAACGAUUAUCCAAUGUAAACAAUCAACUAUCACAACAGAAACAUAAUGAUUCUCCAAAGACAUCCACAACAUCAACUACAACCACCUCUACAACAUCCACUUCAACAUCAACUACAACGACAUCGACUACUCCACCCGAGAAUGUACCAACAUUCAAUGAUGAGGAUUAUGCUGCAGAAUUACAGGCAGAGUAUAAUAAGGCAUUGAGGGUGCCGGAUGUGGAGCUGGGACUUGGUUCAGAGGAGUUUGAUCUGCCCGAGAGCGUAGUGUCACACUCAUCGGAGGAGUAUCACCGAUUCAUCGAGAUAAAGAGGUCUGCGAGCAUCAUCAAAGUGAUCUCCAUCCUCAUCAUGGUCUUCUCCAUCAUGACAUACUUUAGUGAAGCCUGGUGGAUGAUAUUCAGUCUCGGUCUCCUAAUGAACCCCGUUGGAUUCUACGCCUGUCAUUACUACAAGCCCAGACUAUUCUUGGCAUACAACUUCUACCUUGUGGUGGACAUCAUAUUUAGGCUGGCCUUCAUGCUAGCCAACAUCAAGAUACUGAGUGGAUUCGGUAUCUUUAUCUCGAUAGCCGUUCUACUUAUGGAGGGCUACUUUGUAUAUUUCUGUUGGAGCUUCUACAAACGAAUGCCGAGGACCAUCUCAACAGCACUUCGACAAUUCCAAUCACAGGAAGCCUCAUUGUUUCCAUUCUAA